AGGGCCUGAUGCCACGCGCCGUGGGCGAGCUCUUCGCCCACGUUCAGCGGCUCGGGGCGGAGGACGAGACCGGGGCCGCCCAGAUCACGGUGAAGGUGUCGUACUUACAGGUGUACAACGAGAAGCUGUACGACCUGCUCAACCCAGCUACGGCGUCCCCCGAUGCGGCUCGCGGCCCAGGGCCCCAUGACGAGGCCACGCCCCUACGGCUGCGGUGGGACGCCGUCAAGGAACGCUUCGUUGUGCAGAACCUGUUCGAGAUCGAGUGCGCGUCGGCCGAGGAGGCCAUGCGGCUCUACGCCCAGGGCGCCCGCCACAGACAGGUGGCGGCGACCUCCAUGAACGCGGCCUCGUCCCGCUCGCACGCCAUCUUCUCGCUGUCCUUCCUGCGGCAGGUGCCGCUGGGCGGCGCCGAGGCCAGCAGCAGGCCCUGCCUCGGCGAGGUCUCUUCCAGCCUGGCGCUGGUGGACCUGGCCGGAUCGGAGAGGGCCGCGUCGGCGGAGCAGGCGGA